UUAAAGACUUCGGGCCAAGUUGUCUUUCUUUUAAUUACGUUUUGCACAUGAAGACAUCAGAGCCUGUGCACAGAUGAGACUGACAGGAAGUCGGUGUUACUGGACCAAUCACAUGAAGCUCAGUCCAGCAGCAGGACGGAGUCAGUAGAGAGGACGAGAGGACUCUUCUCUGUUUGUAGCUCUACGUUAGCUCUGUCACUGGGCUAGAUGACCAGCCUUCUUACAGGCUGCUGGACGGGUCUGUCCUUUCACCGCGUUACUGACGAGUAGAGCAGCUGGUGGACUCAUUUAAACCUCGAACGGAAGACAGCGGUGGAGAUGUGUAACAAGUUACAUUGGAAAUCAAGGACUUACCUGGCUGUGAGGGGUUCAGCUGACAGCUGUCACCGCACCUAGCUGCUUAGCUAGCUGGCUAGGUGAGCUAACCGGGCUAAUUUAGCCAGACAGCGUUGACUUCCACAUGAAAGCUCCAUAUUAUUAUGAUUAUUGUCUGUCUCGGCUCGAUUUAGUGUUAUAGCAUGAGUUAGCGAAGGAGCUUUGAAGAUAAAGUGUGUGAUAUUGUGUGUUCCAGCUGGUUAGCCAGCAUUUAUCACUUAGCUAGCUCGCUGCAUUCAUUCAAUUAUUAAAGAACUACAAUUACGUCAACGCCAGCACCUCGACGUCAACACUGGGUCUAUCUACACCUUUUUUCUUACUAAAGUAAUACAAUUCGGUGCUGACUGUGCUUUGGAUAACCUCGGGGAGAAAUGAAGAAGUUUUUUGACACUCGUCGAGAGUUGGUGAGCUCCGGGCCUGGACCAGGAGCCGGGGGAGGAGGCGCUGGAUCCGGCGGUGGUGGUAGCUUCAUUGGACGGGUCUUCACCAUCGGACGAUAUCAAGUGACCGUGGAGGAGAUUGUCGCAGAAGGAGGUUUUGCCAUAGUGUUUUUGGUGCGUACUCAUCAAGGCGUACGUUGCGCACUAAAGCGGAUGUAUGUCAACAACGAACAUGAUCUGCAGGUCUGCAAACUUGAGAUCCAGAUUAUGAGGGACCUUGUGGGAAACAAAAACAUAGUUGGUUUCCUGGACUCCAGCAUAGCUGCAGUUGGAGCAGGCGAUGUGUGGGAAGUCUUGAUCUUAAUGGACUUCUGUCGAGGUGGGCAGGUGGUUAACCUGAUGAACCAGCGGUUACAAACUGGCUUCAGCGAGGCAGAGGUGCUACAGGUCUUUUGUGACACGUGUGAGGCGGUCGCUCGUCUCCACCAGUGCAAGACUCCGAUCAUUCACCGAGAUCUCAAGGUGGAAAAUAUUCUUCUGCAUGACCGGGGACAUUACGUGCUGUGUGAUUUUGGGAGCGCCACUAACCGCUUCCAGAACCCUCAGAUAGAGGGGGUCCCAGUGGUGGAGGAGGAAAUCAAAAAGUACACUACUCUGUCAUACCGCGCUCCUGAGAUGGUAAACCUCUACGGUGGAAAAGUAAUCACAGCAAAAGCAGACAUUUGGGCCAUGGGCUGUCUACUGUACAAGCUUUGUUACUUCACCCUUCCUUUCGGAGAGAGCCAAGUCGCUAUCUGUGAUGGAAGUUUCACCAUCCCAGACAACUCACGCUACUCCAUGGACAUGCACUGUCUCAUCAGAUACAUGCUGGAACCUGACCCAGAUAACAGACCAGACAUCUACCAAAUAUCCUACUUUGCCUUCAAGCUGGCUCGACGAGAAUGUCCAGUCCAAAAUGUACAUAAUUCCCCUAUUCCUGCAAAACUCCCGGAGCCCAUUCGAGCCAGUGAAGCAGUGGCCAAAAAGAGUCAAACCAAAGCCAGGCUCACAGACCCUGUUCGUACUCUGGAAACCUCAAUCGCACCUCGGCAACGACCCAAGGCCGGCCAGGCUCAGCCCCAGCCGAUAUCAGGCAUCCUCCCCAUCCAGCCGGCUCUCACCCCUCGCAAGAGACCCAGCGUGGUUGCUGGAGCGCCACAGCCCAUAGGUGUCGGUAUGGGAGUCCUGCCUCCGGCUGCAGCUGCUGUCCAACCUCCUCAACAUACUCCUGCUGCACCACAGCAAGCUCAGAUGGCAAACAUGCAGCAGCAGGCUUCACAGCAGCACCAGCAGCUUCUCAUGAAGCAGCAACAAGCCUUCUUAAGCCCACAGAGUAACCAACAGCAUCAACUGGUACAGAACCUCCAGCAGCAACAUCAAACGCCCCCUCAGGUGUCUACCAAGCUGCAGUCCAAAGCUAAGCCUGUUUCUCCAGUUGUGAAACACCAACAUGUAGCCCCCAUCCAUGAAACAGCAGCUUCUCAUCUGACUGCGAUCCCAGAGUCUGCAGCGGUUGACCCAGAGGCCUUGACGGCUGGCAGAGGUCUGCACAAAGUCGGCUCCCUCACGCCCCCUUCCUCGCCCAAGAUGGUCCCUAAGAGCGGCCACAGACGCAUCCUGAGUGACGUCACUCACAGCGCCGUAUUUGGAGUCCCAGUGAGCAAGUCCACCCAGCUCCUCCAGGCAGCCGCAGCUGAGGCCAGCCUCAACAAGUCCAAAUCAGCUAGCACUACUCCUUCUGGCUCCCCCUGCUCGUCCCAGCAGAGCGUGUAUCAUGCAGGUGACGGUGACGCCCAGGCAGCUCUCGUCGCACCCAUCUCUACAUCUAGCUGGAACCCCUUUGGCGAUGAUAACUUCUCCAAGCUGACUGCAGAGGAGCUGCUCAACAAAGACUUUGCAAAGCUAGCUGAAACUGCUGCACCAGGAGAGAAAGUCACAGGCUCCAGUGAAGACCUCAUUCCUGGGCUCGGUGCUUUCCCAGUAAGGGCAGAGAUGUGUGUGGACUCACUGAUUCCUGGUCUGGAAGCCCCGCAGGCUCAGAGACAUGCAGGACAGCCAGAGCUCAUCCCUGCCAGCAUGCCAGACUCUCUCACUGGGGAGGACUCUCUGCUGGGUUGCAAUCUGUUAUCUCAUACUUCUCCUCAUGGAAGCCAGUCUGUCUCUGCUCUCACUUCCUCCUGCUCCUCUGCUCCUCCCGGCUCUGGCUCUGGAUCCUGUCUGGAGGAGCUGCAGCCCGCUCACACGGCUUCUGCAGACUCUGCUUUCCUCAUGUCAUGUGUGGAGAAGGGCAAUGACGACGAGUUUGACCCUAUUCCUGUGCUCAUCUCCAAAAACUCAAAUCAAGGUGGUCACUCGCGCAGCAACAGUGGCAGUUCAGAGUCCAGCAUCCCCAACUUGGCCCGCUCCCUUCUGCUGGUGGAUCAGCUCAUCGACCUCUAGGGGGGGGUGGGAGAGGUCGAAGGGGCUGUGUGCAAUUCUAACAAAGGGAUGUGGGGAGGGCGGGAGAUAGAGAUGGGGAAGCAGAGGCACUAAAUGUAGCACCUCGUGAAGUCAAACAGAGGAGCUGGCAUUGAUAGGUUCAGAGGAACCUUUUGUUAAUGUGCCUCCUUGGCCUCAGCUCCAUCUCCAGUUGCCUGAUAAGCUGGUUUCAUAUAUCUCUGCUGGCUGUGUGCAUUCCCACGCUGGUUGAACAAAUCUCUUCAUUAAUGCCUGAGCAUAUCGUCUGCUUCUGUCCAGCUACACCAUGGUACUCCUCAUGCUUUCCUUGCAUUAAUAUCCCUCAUUGAGUGCACUGCCAUGGGAAUCAGCUGCAGUCACAUGCACAUAAUAAAACUGCUUGAUCACAGCUGAAAUGUGCACACUUGCCGUGUUGGUUUAGAGUGGAAGCUAAAUUCCAUACAGCCACCUUUACACACAGUCCCUCCAGUACUUCCACCCUCUUGUGUUCAAAAAGAGGGGGGUCAAAAUGCUGCAGACCUCCAGGAGAGUGUGAUUCAGUUUCCUGUUAAAACUUUGAACCAAACAAAGACGCAAUUUGAGGGAACAACGGAGAGAUGUUUGAACCAGUUAGUAAGAAAAUAGCUUUGGGCAGAUAUCUUUGUGGUUUACUGUUGAGCAAGGAGGCUGCUUCUACCAAACAUUUCCCCUUGAUACUCCAAACACACGCACAUACAGUCUGUGCUGCCUUUGGAAAUCAACUCUGUAUGAUCAGUUGCUACUUUUCUCUUGUAGGUCAGUAGCAAUAUUUCAAACAGCUGUGUAUCUAAGCUAACAUAGUGUGUGUGUUAAAAGCUGCAGCUUCGUCUUGACUGUUUACUCUCACCUCUCUCUGGAUGUUAAGCCGAUCAUUAGUUCCUCUAAAAGUACAAAAAUCUACAUCUGGGUUAAAAUGUUAAAGCUGGGGAUGUCUGCUAACACAGCUGAUGCCUCUGUUGCCAUGGCAGGAUGCUUUCAUACUGAACUGUACGUGCUGCGCUUUGUAAAACCUGAAUUGGUUUGUGUGCAUUACAGCUCAUGAAGCCACUAUCAUCAUAUCUUUGACUCAGUGUCAAGAUAAGCACUGUAGAAACAAAAGGGAAUCACAUAUUGGACCUGUAGCCAUGCCAAAGCUUAAGCCUAGACUCUUAUUAUGCUGUGUCAGAGUUGGGACACAGUGUAGACUUCAUUGAUUUACUGCUAAAUCUCCCUCUACCACUGACAUCCCCUCUCUUAUCAAUCCCUUAUUUUUUCAUCAAUCACACUGACGUCAUUCAGGCAAACUCAUUUCAGCUAGAGCAGAAAUACUGAAAACUUUGUGUACAUAAAAGUCACUCUUUAUUUUAUCUAAUUUUUACUCUCGUCAGCACUGGUAUAAGAUUUUGUUUAGCGUGUCAUAUAUAUACAUAGGCAUUUCAUCUGUCUUGAUAUGACUAAUGUGACUAUUAUUCAUAGCUCUUUUUAAUGAAUGUUUGAAUUUAUUGUGAAAUAUGUACAAUUGACGAGCAUAUAUAGAUAAAGAAUAUUUGUGUAUGAAGCUGUAAUUAAGAGUGUAAAGCUCCAAAGUCCCUCUGUUGUUUUUCUCUCUCCAUUCAUGUCAAGCAUCCAGCUCUAGUGCUUCUCUUGAAGAUGUCAUUAUGGAUACAUGAAACAAAGUGCUUAUGACUUACCUGACUGGUUAGUGUGUUGUCGGUUCGCUGCAGUUCUUAACAUGAUACCAGCAGUUGUACAAUGCUGGAUAGAGCUAGGAUAGGACAUGCAGUAAAACAGAGCUAAUGACGGAAUUUACUUCCUGAUAUCUCUGUAUCACCUCUGAUGACUUUUGUUUUUUGUUGGCUCAGGACGGUAAGACAGGGUUUUGAAAACUGAUCUAACUUUUUCAUUACAUCUCUAAUGUCAAAAUCCUAUGGGGCGCAGUUUGUAAAAUUGUGCACACUGGAAAUAACAACAACAGUUCUCCACAUUUAUCUCGAAAACGCCAUAAAAACGUAGUGUGAGUUUUUUAAAAGUCGCUUUUUAAAAAUCUCUUUAGAGCAAUAUUUGUGAUCUUCACAUUUAAUUUUGUUCUGAGAAAUAUAUUUAAGUUACAAUCACUGUUAAAUACAAAUUCUAAAUAUAAAUAUACAUUUUAAGAAUAUAAAUGUAAAAUGUAAAUAUUUCAGUCAGACAACUCACGUUUAAAUUGUUUAUUGUAGCAGCAAAUACUUAUUCACGUUUGGCACCCAGGCUCCGCCACAAAUUCAUCAAGGCGUUGACAGGCAGAGGGAGAUGGGAGAUUUUCCCAGUUUAAAUAGACCGCCAAUUUGAGAGGCAGAGGGCGGGAUUGGAUGAUGGUUAUGAGAGUGGGACAUGUGACGUGUAUAGCAGUGCAGCUCGAGUUGUCUGCCAGAAUUAGUUUGCAGGCGUUGCUCCAUAAAUGUUAAAUAUAAAUGUAAAUGUUAAAUCUAAAUUUUAAAUCUAAAUGUUAAAUCUAAAUUUUAAAUCUAAAUGUUGUGUCUAAAUUUUCUGACGUUAGUACCAAAAUAAAAGCUUCAUAAAGCUAAAACAUUAACAUUUAUAUUUAAAUUUAAUAUCUAGAUUUAACAUUGAUAUUUAUUUUUUUAACAUUUAUAUUUAACAUUCAUAUUUAGUAUUUGAAUUUAACAGUGAUUGUAACUUAAAUGUAUUUAUCACAACAAAAUUAAAUGCAAAGAAGAAUAUUGCUCGAAAUAUGAUUUUAAAAAGCAACUUUGAAAGAUUCACACUACGUUUUUAGGAUGUUUUGGAGCUAAAUGUGGAGAAUUGCUGCUGUUAUUUUCAGUGUGCACAACUUUACAAACAGCGCCCCAUAUAAUCCCACCAAGUAUUCCAUUAAACUUUGGCCAUCACGUAGACAAAAGUCUAUAUUAUGAUAGCAUAUCACAUUAAGAUGUAUAGGUAUAAACAAGAUGCAGUAUAGUUUCUCUAACAUGCCAUCCUUAUUGUAAUCAGUAUGACAUAUUCCAAAGGAUAGUCUUAGAAAUCAACAACACUGUAAGAACUAACACAUGUAAAUACAGCUACACCUCCAUCCUUCCCUCUAGUGUUCAGUUAAGUCAUUUGCAUCUUUGUGGCUAAUCUAUGCAAACCUCCAAUAAUGUUCCAUGCAGUCAGACCCGACAGUGCUGUUUUCUGUAGAGUUCUAGCCCUGGCCUGUAGAGUUUACUUGUGUUGCUGUGUGAAACCGAUGUACUCAUUGUGCUGGCUGGGCUGAUAUGGUGGCAGGUAUUAAAAUUACUUUGAUUAUAUCAUAAUAUGGCAGAAGUCCAUAUGUCGAAGCAGGACCAUAAUGAAGUGUGUGCAUAUAUUUUUAUGAAUUAAGGUUCGAAAAAGAGAGACACUAAAUAAAAAUUCAUGAAUGUGAAUGUAA